UCCCGCGCCUGUUCUUCCCUUCGCUCCCAGCCUUUGCUGGGCGCCAGAUCCGGCCUCGCCGUCCGGCUGCUGAACCCUGCGGCUUGUCACCCCCGGGGUCCCAGCCUCCGCGGGCUGGGGCCGCCGGCGCCGCGGCAGGACGGGGAGGCGGGCCAUGGCGUCCUGCGUGGGGAGCCGGACCCUGAGCAAGGACGAUGUGAACUACAAGAUGCAUUUCCGGAUGAUCAACGAGCAGCAAGUGGAGGACAUCACCAUUGACUUCUUCUACCGGCCUCACACCAUCACCCUGCUCAGUUUCACCAUCGUCAGCCUCAUGUAUUUCGCCUUCACCAGGGAUGACUCUGUUCCAGAAGACAACAUCUGGAGAGGCAUCCUCUCUGUUAUUUUCUUCUUUCUUAUCAUCAGUGUGUUAGCCUUCCCCAAUGGUCCAUUCACUCGACCUCAUCCAGCUUUAUGGCGUAUGGUUUUUGGACUCAGUGUGCUCUACUUCCUGUUCCUGGUAUUCCUACUUUUCCUGAAUUUCGAGCAGGUUAAAUCUAUAAUGUAUUGGCUAGAUCCAAAUCUUCGAUAUGCCACGAGGGAAGCAGAUAUCAUGGAGUAUGCUGUGAACUGCCAUGUUAUCACCUGGGAGAGGAUUAUCAGCCACUUUGAUAUAUUUGCAUUUGGACAUUUCUGGGGCUGGGCCAUGAAGGCCUUGUUGAUCCGUAGUUAUGGUCUCUGCUGGACAAUCAGUAUUACCUGGGAGCUAACUGAGCUUUUCUUCAUGCAUCUCCUGCCCAAUUUUGCUGAGUGCUGGUGGGAUCAAGUCAUUCUGGAUAUCCUGCUGUGCAAUGGUGGUGGCAUUUGGCUGGGCAUGGUCGUUUGCCGGUUUUUAGAGAUGAGGACUUACCACUGGGCAAGCUUCAAGGACAUUCAUACCACCACCGGGAAAAUCAAGAGAGCUGUACUGCAGUUCACUCCUGCUAGCUGGACCUACGUUCGAUGGUUUGACCCCAAAUCUUCUUUUCAGAGAGUGGCUGGAAUAUACCUUUUCAUGAUCAUCUGGCAGCUGACUGAGUUGAAUACCUUCUUCUUGAAGCAUAUCUUCGUGUUCCAAGCCAGCCAUCCAUUAAGUUGGGGUCGAAUUCUUUUUAUUGGUGGUAUCACGGCACCCACAGUGAGACAGUACUACGCUUAUCUCACCGACACACAGUGCAAACGCGUAGGAACACAGUGCUGGGUUUUUGGGGUCAUUGGUUUCCUGGAAGCUAUUGUUUGCAUAAAAUUUGGACAAGAUCUCUUCUCUAAGACCCAGAUACUCUACGUUGUGCUUUGGCUUCUCUGUGUGGCUUUCACCACUUUCCUGUGUCUGUACGGCAUGGUUUGGUACGCAGAGCACUACGGUCAUCGGGAAAAGACAUACUCAGAGUGUGAAGACAGCACCUACAGUCCAGACAUUUCCUGGUAUCACAGGAAAGGUACAAAAGGUUCUGAAGACAGCCCACCCAAACAUUCAGGCAACAACGAAAGCCAUUCUUCCAGGAGAAGGAAUCGACAUUCCAAGUCCAAAGUCACCAACGGAGUUGGAAAGAAAUGAAAGACCCUGGUUAAUCAAAGAUGUUCCAGAGAGUGCCUAGAACUGAGGGGGAAACGGAACUCGUGUGGACCUCCCUGUGAGGAGGUCAGACAUAAAGAGCAGACAGGAAGAGGCGAGGGAACUCUGGGGGUCAUUAUUUGAGAGAGUAAGUCUUGUUUUCCACAGCCCUGGCCACAUCAGGGUCCUUUGCCAAUUUUGGGUCUCUUCUAACUUGAGCACUUCUCAUGCAGUCACCACCGAUAGCAGUGCGAUGUGCUGGAGGUAAAAGGUAGCUACUUACCCACAGUUGCCAAGAGCAGCUCUGUGCUUGUUGUAUUGUGGACACAGCGUCAACAUCUGCAUUCAGGCAAGGCAUUAACCUGUCAGUUAGUGGACUGGUGGCCAGUUUUUAUUUUUAUGAAUCUGCUUUUCCAUUGGUUGAUUUGUUUAAGUUCAGGCCACUUUUCUGUCUUUUCUUAUGUUGGUGUUAUUUGGUUUUAAGUUAGGAUGCUUUUAAAAGCCUUCAGAAGCCACUCCUGAAGUUGAAACUGGGGGGAGGCUUCCCCUUCCUUCUAGAGGAGAAAGGGGACAGCUAUUGCGUUUCUGUUUAAUAACCUCAGCCCCCUUUUUAAAAGAACUUCAACCUUAUGGCAGGUGUGCACCGGUCAGAGGAAAGAGUAGCUGUCUGCAUAGGAAACUCACUUCAGACUGGAACCUUUCUUGUUCCCUUUCAAAUGUCAUUUGUCCAGACUUACCCACAGCGCACAAAAGUGAACCUGCUAGAGAGGCAGAGAACACCACGGCUUCUCCCCCAGUCAGGUGCCUUUUACAUUUGAUUUGUUUUCCUUCUGUGGUAUAUUGCCGACAUUGUCUUUGAGUCCCUUGUGAGGUGCUGGUGAGUAUUGCCUUUCAUCUGUGCCAUGCUCUACAACAUUUACCCUGACAGUUCACCACCUCUAAUGGAACCCUGUUUUAAAUAAAAUGAUUCACAUUAAAGCCUGUCAAA